CGGGGAAUCUCUCUUAAAUCGUCUUCAGUCGGCAGCGGGUGUUACUUUUUUCCUAGCCUGUACUAGCUAGCUAAUGUAAGAGGGGCUGCACAGAUAUCAGCUGUUACGGGUUUGGAUGUCGCGACACAGCAGUUUUGAGCCACUUCUGUCGGACUGAGAAGCUCGAAUUGGACCGCAGUGUCGGACGGGAAAGGAGAAUUGGAGCGUUCGAUUGGCACAAAAGGUUAAUAGCCUGACAGGCUCCGUGCGGCUAAUCCGUGGUAAUAAUUUUAAGACUGAAGGCGUGCAUCACGGGGAGGCCGUCUCCUUGCUCCCGCCCUCGUCUGAAUCUCCCGUGAUCUGCCUGAGAACGCCCGGGCGGAGUGGCAGUUGUUCUCGGCUGGGGGGACAACUUGACAGCGAGGCCCCUGGCUAGUCUCUCCCCUCCCCCCUCCUCCUCCGCCACCACCACCACCACCACCCCAGUCCAGUCCAUCCAUCCAUCCAUCCAUCUCUCCGCCCGUCCAGCCCGACGGCAGAGCUCCUCCUCGCCCGAGAUCGACAACGAGGAGCCGGGGAUCCGGGAUAAAGCUGAAACCGUGGGCAAGUGUUUGUCGGGUCCCGUUUAAACCGGGCUGCCAAAACCAGAGGGGAUGACUCUGGAGUCCAUGAUGGCUUGCUGCCUGAGCGAAGAGGCGAAGGAGUCGAAACGAAUCAAUGCAGAAAUUGACAAACAACUCCGCCGAGACAAACGAGACUCCAGGAGAGAGCUGAAAUUACUACUUCUCGGUACGGGAGAAAGUGGCAAAAGCACGUUUAUCAAGCAGAUGAGGAUCAUCCAUGGGGCCGGCUACUCCGACGAAGACAAGAGAGGCUUCAUUCGGCUCGUUUACCAGAACAUCUUCACCUCCAUGCAGUCCAUGAUCCGUGCCACCGAGACCCUUAAGAUCCCCUACAAAUUUGAACAGAACCGGUCUAAUGCCAUGCUCGUGAAGGAGGUGGACAUUGAGAAGAUCAGCGCGUUUGACCAACCGUACAUCGUAGCUAUUAAAAGCUUGUGGGCCGACCCGGGGAUCCAGGAGGCCUACGAUCGCCGCCGAGAGUAUCAGCUCUCUGACUCCACUAAAUAUUACCUUAGCGAUAUAGACCGUGUGACUGCAGAGGGAUAUGUUCCCACCCAGCAGGAUGUGCUGAGGGUCCGUGUUCCCACCACGGGUAUAAUAGAGUACCCAUUUGACCUGGAGAACGUCAUCUUCAGUUAUCUUACGGAUUUGGAUCGUAUUGCAGAUUCCAACUAUCUUCCCACUCAGCAGGAUGUACUCAGGGUGCGCAUCCCCACCACAGGAAUCAUAGAGUACCCCUUCGACUUGCAGAGCAUCAUUUUCAGGAUGGUUGAUGUAGGAGGUCAGAGGUCAGAGAGGAGGAAGUGGAUCCACUGCUUUGAGAACGUCACCUCCAUUAUGUUCCUGGUGGCGCUGAGUGAGUAUGACCAGGUCCUGGUGGAGUCCGACAAUGAGAACCGCAUGGAGGAGAGCAAGGCGCUGUUCAGGACUAUCAUUACCUACCCGUGGUUUCAAAACUCCUCCGUCAUCCUUUUCCUCAACAAGAAGGACCUGCUGGAGGAGAAGAUUUCCUACUCGCAUUUGGUGGACUACUUUCCUGAGUUUGACGGUCCCCAGAGAGAUGCACAGGCGGCGCGGGAAUUCAUCCUCAAGAUGUUUGUGGACUUAAACCCAGACAGCGACAAGAUCAUCUACUCUCACUUCACUUGUGCCACGGACACUGAGAACAUCCGCUUCGUGUUUGCAGCUGUCAAAGACACCAUCCUCCAGCUCAAUCUCAAAGAGUACAACCUGGUGUGAGGGCUCAGUGCACGACGCACACCACCUCCUCCUCCUCCUCCCCAUUGCACAAAAUGCACACCUCUCUGGGAGUGUGCCGUCAACUCCACACGCAUCACACAGCACACCGCCGCUCCAGCUCUCUCUCACACACACAUAAACACACACACGCACACGCACCGACACCAACAGAGCCGUUGCUUUUUUUCUUUGUAGUGCCGUUUUCACAGAUCCUCCCACCUGAAAA